AUGGGGGAGGCGAAGCUGGAGCCCAACGUCAUCAGCUUCAAUGAUGGGAUCAGCGUAUGCGAGAAGGGCGAGCAGUGGCAGCGGGCCCUGGUGCUGCUGAGCGCGAUGCGGGAGUCGAAGCUGGAGCGCAACGCAAUCUAUAUCCGAAUGCCGGGGCAGCCGCGUGUCAGAAUGGCGGGGGACACAGUGGGGCCCAAGUCGGCCCGAGACGUCAGCCACAACGCUGAGGAACAGCGCGUGAGUGAAAGGUGGUCAGUGGCCGCAGGCUCCCUGGCAUUGUUGAACGAGAUGUGGGAGGCGAUGUUGGGAGUCGGACGUUAUCAUAACUUUAGCGUUGUGAUCAUUGGGUGCCAGAAAGGACGAGCAUUGGCAGCCGACGCAGGCGGUGCUCAGCGAGAUGCGGGAGGCAGUGCUGGAGCCCAAUACCAUCACCAAUUGUAUCGCUGGGAUCAGCGCGUGCUGGAAGGGCAAUCAAUGGCAGCAGGCUCCGUUGCUGCUCAGCGAGGCGUGGUAGGUGAAGUCGGACCCCGACAUUGUCAGUUACAGCGCUGGGAUCAGUGCGUACGACAAGAGCGAGUCAUAGCAGCGUAG